AUGACAGACUCAUUCAAAGAUCAGCUCCUCGCUCUGGCCGCAACCGGAGACACCAGCAAAAUAAGAACCCUCCUCUCAACCAGCGAACAACGCCCAUCAAAAGAAACUAUCCAAGAGGGGCUGACAACAGCCGUAAAGAACUACCAAUACGAUGCUGCACGCUUCCUCUUGCUAAGAUCCGGCUCCGCCCCUCUUGGCGAGGAAACCGUCCGAGCCGGUGUCAACACGGGCUCAAUCCCGCUUAUGCAGGCCCUCCUCACCAAGGAUCCUUCUGUGAUCAACAUGCAGUUCGAUAUGCGGGGAACACCUCUCAUCGUUGCAUGCCAGGGCAGACAGCAUAUUGACUUUUUACGCUUUCUUCUUGAGGCUGGGGCGGAUCCUAAUCAGGAGCCUGAUGCAGCUGCGUAUCCGCUUGCACUGGUGGCAGGGCUGUACAAGGAUACUGCGGCGGUUGAUUUGUUGCUGAAGUAUGGUGCUAAGAUUGAGGGUUCAGGUGCACUUGCCGCUGCGGCGAGGAGGGGGAAUGAGGUUAUGAUGCGGUAUCUACUAGAGAGGGGGGCUCGGCCUGAGCGCGAUGAUACUUCUGUGGGAACUGGAACAUCGCCUCUUUGCGUGGCUGUCAAGGCUGGACAUAUUGGCGUUGCUAGAAUGUUGAUGCAACAUGGAGAUGACCCUAAUGCUGUUGACGGUACUGGUACUUCAGCUAUUGACCUUGCUAAGCAGUUGCAGCAGGAGGGCAAGGCUACGUCAGAGAUGGUGGAGGCUCUGGAGGGCAAGUAG